GAAACGUAUCUUGCCAAGCUUACAAGAAAUAUCUUUCAGAAAUAUUUAGAUACUUAUAUUAGUAUUGAAACGAAGGCAUUUCGAGAAAAGUCAGCAACGUUGCUUAUAGAGUACUACGAAUCUAAGAAUCAUCAGAAGAAACAGUUGCAAAUGGGUGGCUUUCAAGAACUACGUAGAGACUUACAGGCUGUACUAGGUGCAAGAACGAAUAUAAACAUUGCUCAAAUAGAAGAUUACGGAGGCGAGACAUUUCUAUCAGAAGAACUAGCGAUCGCGAUACUACAAAGAAGCAAACUCGCAUUUCAAAGAUGUCAAUUACUUUCGCAGUCUAUUGAUGUACCUGGAAAUGCAUUACAGAUCUUGGAAAUAUUAUUACAAUAUUUAAUAAGCGAGCAUGUAGACUACGCGUUGGAAUUGGGUUUACAAAGUGUACCAAUACCAGAGAGCAGGACUCAACCAGAGAUUCAUUUCUUUAACGUAGUGCAUCAGUGUAAUGCGAUUGUUCGACUCUUGGAGGAACAGUUCAACGAUAGUGUACUGCCUCUUGUUAUUUCCACAUCCAAACACGCCGAUUGUUUGUUGAAGAAGAAAGCGAUAUUAGAACAAAUAGACGUCAAAUUAGACACCGGCUUGGAUCGCAGCAUAAAUGCUAUUGUAGGCUGGGUAAAGGUGUAUUUACAAAGCGAACAAAAAAAGACUGAUUUUAAGCCGGAAACAGACGUAGAUACUGUGAAUACUCCAGCUUGUUUAGUCGUGGUACAAUACGUGAGCGGAAUGAUACGACUGAUACGAAAUACUUUGGACGGCAGGCAUUUGGAUACCGCUCUCAAGGAAUUAGGAAUUAGAUUCCACAAAAUCAUUUACGAUCAUUUGCAGCAAUUUCAGUUUAAUUCCGCCGGUGCUAUGUGCGCGAUAUGCGACAUGAACGAAUAUCGCAAGUGCAUUAAGGAACUUGAGGUUGAAUUUGUUACGAAUCUCUUUGAUACUCUGCACGCCUUGUGCAACUUACUAUUGGUUAAACCGGAAAAUUUGAAACAAGUUUGCACGGGAGAUCAACUGAUGACACUCGAUCGUACCGUUCUACUUAAUUUUAUUCAAUUAAGGACUGAUUACAAGACACAGAAGUUAGCCAAUUGUCUAAAAGGUAUAACAACAUAGUGAUACACUCUGCUUAAAUAAAAAAGAAAAAAAUAUCUUUGCGCUCAGCCUACUUCUCCAUAAUCAACGAUUGAAAUUACUAAAUAUACGAAAACAAGUAAUGUGAUUACUCGUUUAAAUACAAUAUUUGCCUUCAGGCUCGUUCAUCUUGUCAUUAUCUGUUUGCAAAUAUAUGCAUUCGCAGAAAAUAGUAUUCUUCAAAAUAAGUCUAUUGAUUAUUCCAUUAUUUUUUUCGACAAGUUGCAAUAAAUGAGUAUUGAUUAGAGGUAAGAG